AUGAACUCGGCGGGCUUCCAAAUCUGCACCGAGCGCGCCUCCGACGGCGGACCCGUGUGCGACGUCGCCGACGGAGAGGCGGUCGCGCUCACCGUUCCGGUAUCGUUUCACAUCGGUGACGACGUCCAGGGCGCGGCCGGGACUCUCCACAUCACCACCCGCCGCCUCGUGUGGUUCGGGGACGGCGCCGACUGCGCCGGGUACGAGGUGCCGUUCACCUCGCUCACGAUGCACGCGGUGUCGCGGGGCGCGGAGGACGGCGACGCCGACUUCACGAGCCCGUGCAUAUACGCGCAGGUCGAGGGAACGCCGCCGGAGGGCUUCGGGGCGACGAUCGCGGGCGGCGGAGGGGGCACCGACCGACCGGAGGAAGCGGGCGACGACGACGACGAAGAAGACGAGGAUGACGACGACGACGACGACGGGUUCUCCGCGGGGGGCGGCGACGGGGACUACGACGACAUGUUCGAGCUGCGCAUCGUCCCCAAGGACACCGCGGGUCUGGACGAGAUGUUCCGAGUGCUGUGCGAGUGCGCCGCGAUGAACCCCGACGACGACGACGACGACGACGACGACGGCGGCGGCUUUUUCUACGACGAGGACGAGGUGAUGCGCGGCGCGGGCGCCGAGGGGAGGCGCGCGGCGCUGGACCGGUUCGACGAGAUGCUGCAGAUCGAUCCGGGCGUGGACGAUCUGAUCAGGGACGAUCCCGGGCGCUUCGAGGACGAUGACGACGAGGAGGUGAAGUAG